AGUGGGAAUAAAGACAGAUAGCGGGGCAGGCAGCGGCCGGGCGGGGAGGGAGGGUUGAGCGCAGAAAGUUUUCUGCGGAGCUCGUGGGCGGCAGCAGCAGCAAUGCCUAUGCUGCGCGGAGCGCUGUGCGGGCGCCGCCGGCCUUAGGGGGAGCGAGAGCGGAGCGGGGCCCGGCAGCGAGACCCCGGUCCUCUCCUCUCCUGCGGGCGGCGAAGAGGAAGCACGCCGGGCAGGGACGGAAAAGAGGCGCCGGCCGGAGCGCGGGGAGGGGGAGCGGCACCGCGGGGACAGCCGCCGCCGGCAGAGCCCGGGGGCAAAGAUGAGCUUGUUGUCAACCAUCGACACCAGCGCCGCGUCCGUCUACCAGCCCGCCCAGCUCCUCAACUGGGUCUAUCUCUCGCUGCAAGACACGCACCAGGCCAGCGCCUUCGAUGCCUUUAGACCCGAGCCCUCCUCGUCCCAGCACCCUGACCUCGGCUACACCAAGAGCACCCCGGAGCUGGGCUCCUCGCUCAGCUCCAGCUAUCUCAACAGCUUCUUCCAGCUCCAGCGGAGCGAGGCUCUGAGCAGCAGUCUGUACAAGAGUGCAUCACCUUAUGGCUCACUUAAUAACAUUGUGGAUGGGUUAAGCUCCCUCACUGAGCAUUUCUCUGACCUAUCCCUUUCUUCAGAAGCCAGAAAACCUAGCAAGAGGCCACCUCCUAACUACCUGUGCCACCUCUGCUUUAAUAAGGGACACUACAUCAAAGACUGCCCACAGGCUCGUCCAAAAGGAGAAGGCCUGACACCAUACCAGGGCAAGAAACGCUGCUUCGGUGAAUAUAAGUGCCCCAAAUGCAAGAGAAAAUGGAUGAGCGGAAACUCCUGGGCUAACAUGGGACAAGAAUGUAUCAAGUGCCACAUUAAUGUUUAUCCUCACAAACAGAGACCCCUUGAAAAGCCGGAUGGCUUGGAUGUUUCAGAUCAAAGCAAAGAACACCCCCAGCACCUGUGUGAGAAGUGCAAAGUUUUGGGCUACUACUGCCGCCGUGUGCAAUAAACCUUCAAAGUGGCCUCUUCCCAUCCCCAUCAUCCUUGAAGAUCCUCUGGCAGCAUGCGAUCAACAGCAACACAACAAAUCAAGAUAAAAGCUAAAAUAAUUGCCAAUAUUGCCUAUCUAAUAAUAUGCCUUACCAUUAAUAGAAUGUAACAUUUCUCCUGUGCAUGUGCACACAUGCAACAGGUAUUUACAGGACUAUGAUUUGUAUACAUACAUAUAUAUAUGUCAAUGUAUAUGUAUAUGUACACACACAUAUAUAAAGCGUUACUGAUAGUGUUCACAAGAGAACCACGGUUGCAGGUUCUGCUGAUUGUUUACACAGAUCCUAUAUCAUGGCCAGGUGAAAUGAAGUACUAUUCAAUAGGCAAGGUAUAACAUUCACAAGGAACAUGUAUGUAUGGCUUUUGCAGAGGUUAAAUAACUGUGGGGCCACUAAUUGCAAGCACUCGCCCACGACAUGAACGUUAUUCCUAUUAUAUGACAAGACAAAGGAAGAUGAAACAAGCCACAGCAUAAAAGAAGGAAAAAUGUUUUCCCAGCUUUAGAAGGUCUGAGAAUUAUGUGCUGCUGAUUUCUUGGACCUUUUCUAUUUGUCACCAUCGCAUGCGCAGGGCUUAGGCAAAAUCAUUUUUGCAGAAUCUGGCAAAAAAAAGUGAACAAUUGUUUGAGGGUGUGGGUUGGGUAGAAAGGGAAUGCCAUAAUGGGACCCAGAGCAUCAGGAAGUAUUCCAAGAGGUUUUUGGAGGAGACAAAAUUGGCUUGCUUAUGCAACUAACAGAUCCUUCUCUUGUCAUAUAAUCCCACUGAAACGGUCCCUGUGUGUGUAUGGGUUGCUUAUUAGGCCACAAGGACACUAAAUUUACUGUGAAUAAGGGGGGAUAAGAAUACUUCAAACUGUCCUCAAAGCUCUUAAUUGAAAGAUUAGCCAAACUUAUAAUAGUUUUAAAGCCACUUUCUGGAAAUACUUUUAUGUCCUGUUUUCUACUGUACAAAUCUGUUAUAAAACUUGUUAGCCAUAGGGGUGUUUUGAGGCAUGGAGAACACUCCUUAACUUUCCCUCUUUGUCUUCCUGAAGCACCUACGUACCUGAGGAGAGAUAUAGGAGUUAUAUUUCAUUGUCCCAUUUCAGGGAGAACUUUGUGCAGGGUCAUCCUGCUGCAAAGAAGUAUCUCAUCAGGGACUGGAAAUAUCAUGAACUGAAAGUACCUCGACACAGUAUCUUGUUUUUACAUCUACGUAAGAGUACAUUGGCAAAAGGACACAAUAAGCAAUUCACU